CCCGUCUUUCUCUGGCUCAUUUCUACCCAUUUUCCCGUCAUCGAAGCAAGUCGGCAGUUACUAGGUUGGCCAUAGCAAAACAGCCUGCGAAAAGAUUCAGGUUCGCAACCAACUAGAAAGAUACGUACCGUUUCAAAAGUGCGACGACUUCCAUUGAGACAAGCAAACAAAGGUUUCGCUUGAGAUAGCAAGGCACGUGAGUUCUGCUCCAACUUCAACUUGCAUUAUCCGGCCCCACUGAACCGGUCCGUGUCGGAAGAGAUGGAUCUCGCUCCGGUAGACCCCCACCACCCGCCGGGCGGCGCGUCUAGAAGGCGAAGAUUGCGCUAACUCACGUCACUGACUGCAGGCACUAAAAGGGUAAUUGACAGGGGUUAUUGGCUCAUCAACCACUGGAGUGACACGGCGACCCUCCAUCUUUUCUUCAGUUUCAUUCAAGCGGAACACGCCUUUGAAGCUGCAUCACAACACACAUUCAAAGCAUCUGUCACUUUUUAUGAUUGAGGCUUCAAAUUGGGGGUUUGGUUCAAGUUCUUCUUAUCUCUCAUAACCCGCAUUCCCAUCACUAUCUUUUCCCCUUUUGCACUUUAUUCUCUAUUGUCUCGUUGUCUAGCCAGCGCGCAAGACUAUCGGCACGCACUUUAACUUGAUCCACCUUCGCUUCACGACGCGACUUUGGCGGGUUAGAGCGCGUCACGAACAUGACGCCCGCCUCCCGAAUUUGAUAUCACGUCCCGGCCAACGAGCUCAAACAUUAAACCUCCCCACUAGUAUUUCCUACGCAUCAUUGAAAUACCCACUGCCAAACUUCACCUCUUGACCUUUUACUUCUUUCUUCUCGGCCGUCGCUGCCUUGUCUCUACUUACAUGAUAUAAACCCACCAUAUACGACGACGACAUAAUUCACGAUUGAUUCUUUAACCGCCAUCUCUGACCUCCCCCCUCAGGGGACUAACCGCCAUGGCUUCACAAAUGCCCAAUCCUAUUCAAGGCGGCUGGAAUCACAACGGUCAGACGAUGCAACAGAGCGUGGAAACAAAUGAAGCAGGCGUCCAAGUGAGGCCUAUGGGUCUCAAGGUGCAUUAUACAUUUGACAAGGAAGCCAAAGUCAAUUGCCUUGCUCGUUCAACGCAAACCCUCUUCGUUCAAACGAUUCCUCUCGAUGAACAGAACUCUAUUGGCAUUGUCGACUUGCGAGCGUGCCUACAGGCAAUCACCGAAUGCAGCCCAGAACUCGGAAAUCAAGAUAGUGAGGGCGACUACACCAUUUACGCACUCGAUUAUUCAGAACCAGACACCCCGUUGGUUGGACAAGGCAUGCUAUCAUGGGCACUCGAUUCCAUGCGUGGUGGUGAAUGGCUGUCUCAGUCGCCCAAAAUGGUAACUGGACGUGUCACCAAAAACUUGCUUGCCGUCUUCGGAGGAGGAAACCGCGAGACACUCGAAGUCAAGCUCAAGUUCACAGUCGGUUCUAGGCUUCAAAGACGAGAACCAAAUGUUGACGUCCCACCCGUUGAGAUGCCACCUCACCCUAUGCAACCCACGCCUUUACGACCCGCUCCACUGCAGCCUGCCUCUCUGCCACCCUCUCGCUCUGCUGAAAUGGCCGUGGCUUCUGGUGCCGCAGAAUGGAGCUCUUUCAUCCAGGCCAACCCUCAUAUCGGACACACAGCACAUGUGUCUCGAGUGGCAUCACCUGCGCUUUCUCAAGGCGCACCACCUCCUGUCACAAUUGAACGACGAGAUUCGAUAGAUCCCGCGAUUAGUCAAGCCAACUCAGGAUCGGAUGUUCAACGCAUAGCACCCAUGCCCGUCCCUCCGUCAACGACCGCCGCUUCUACGUCAAGACCCUCUAGCAGAAGCUCUCGCAAUAGAAAGCCGCCGACAGGGCGGCCUCGCGGUAGGCCGCGAAAGAAGCCUGCCGAAGGAAACACAUCAGGGUACGAAGACGGCACCGAGGGCGAGGAUGGCGGCUCAGUGCCAGUCAAGAAAAGAGCCAAGCCCAUGAAGGUCGAAAAGGCUACUCCUAACCCAUUCACUUCGGGUCCGGAAUCUCUACGUGUCACUGCUAGUACCGCUGGUUCUCUUCGAAAUUUCCGUCCUGUUAACGCAAACAAUGAGGCGGUCGCUGGGAAUCAUCUACAGGAAGUUCCCCGGGCUCCUACUCCCGUUCCCGAGGGAGGGCCCCUGAACGGCCCUGCCCAGGGUGGCCCCAAAGGCGUCAAGCCUCGGAGGGAAUCCUCGAUGCGCAAGGAGCUGGGUGCUACUCUGAGCAGUCAAAUACCCCCGAGACCCCUUCGUGCCUUGUCCCCGAGUCAAGAGGAUGGCCGUUCUCCAGAAUCGCCUGUCGAAACUCCUGCCUUUUCAGAGGAUAGCCCGCAGGACAUACGGUCUUCUCCCCCUAUGCCACGAACAGCAUCCUUCAUGCGGUCAAGUCCCCCUCCUUCCAGUCCUGUUUUGCCACCAAUGCCCUCCCUACCACGGCAAAUAUCGAGCUUUGCGGAGAAUGAAACAGAUGACUUACUGGAUGAGCCUGUCUUACCAACAGCCAAAGAGGGUCAGACUUAUAGCCAGCCUAAGACACAAAAAGUGAUGGAAGACGUGGAUAAUACCGGAAUUCCAACUCAAGUGUUCAGAAUCGAAGACGGGCCAGAAGGUCAAGGGCUCGUUCAUAUCCAGAACUUCAACACCCCUUACCCAACCUCAACUCCUGCUGGGCCCCCUCCAUCAGAACCCGUUACCGCGAAGAAAGUUGCCAUACCUAGAUUAGUUCGAAAUUCCUCUCAGAAACGACCUGCAGGCUCAAAACAACAACCACGAAGCUAUGCACCGACACCUCCUCCCACCACAGAUGCUGCAGAAAAGGAUAGCCCAGUCCCUACCACUGCAUCCUCGCUACCCGAUUCUACUCAAAUGCAGGGCAACCAAGCUAUGGAGGCAAUGGAAGAAGAUGCCCUCUUUGAAUUAGUGCGCGCAGUCUCUAGUUCUUCUGAGCCUAAUACUUCAAUUUCAACUAACCAAUCUACUGAAGGAUCUUUACCUACUUCAAAAUCAAGUUCUCGCGUCAUCGCACCAAAGCCCCGGCCCUCGCGACCACUCGGCAGAUCACAGUCCGCAGGGAUUCUAGCUUUGCCAUCUGUACCGGCAAGCGAGCCUGCCGGGCCAUCUUCUCUAUCACAGUCUGUCCUUGCGGAACCGCCUCGCGCUUCCACAGAUACCACAACUUGUCUUCGCCGUUCCAAAUCGGUCAGCGUUCCCAAACCGAUUGCUACCAGUGACCCUUUGGGACCGCCUGAGACAUAUUUGAUCACAAACACUCUACCUACCCUGUCAGAGGCAAUCUUUCCGCAGAGCGGUUUCCCUCCUAUGCCCUCGUCCCCGCCCUGUAAAUCCAACAAGAACCAAAUCAAGAAGGAUUCCAUUAAACAGAGGCUAGAAUCUGCAAUCGCAGCUGGCGAGAUGCCUCCGUUCUGCACUAACUGCGGUGCCAUUGAGACCCCGACCUGGCGCAAGAUUUGGGUUCAGGAACAUGACGGCGUACCAGAGAACGUGGAGUACUCAGAGAAGCCUGGCCGGGUUACUGCCAUUGAGAUUCUGAAACGGGAUAAGGACAAGAACCCCCUGUCCCAUCGCCUUAUCAAGAAAGCCCUUGGUUUUGAUGAUGAUCGAAGUGACUGGUCAGAGAAACUACUCUGUAAUCCUUGCGGUAUAUGGAUGUCUAAAUAUCACAACCACCGUCCACAGGACAAGUGGGAUAAUGGGCUUUUAGGCCAGAGUCGAAAGAAGCGGGGAUCCGCGGGCCCUGAGUCACAGGCAAAACGUGCCCGUACUAAGAGUUCUUCGGCGCCCCAUCCUCCUUCAGAAGCGUUCCCAGUCACAGACUCCAUUGGACCAGUCGAGCGUUCAUCCCCUAAGCAGCCUGAUGUUGUCUCUAUGGGAUCACGAGUUGAUGAAGAUGCAGCCAUGCAAAAUGUCUUUCAUUUACUGGCGGCUGAUGGGCGUCAUACUAAGAACAUGAGCCAGUCAGUACCAGGCUCUUCCCAUUCCCGGGCUUCCAGAGGUACCGGGACUGCUGACAGUCCCAUUGAGAUGGACCUUGAUGAUGAAUUGGGAAGCACUCGACGCCUGCUUUUCCCUUCACCCCGUAAGGAGGGUACACCGAAGACCUUGGGAGAGAUCGAUGCCAACGUGACUAAGACAGCAGAUUGUCGGCAAAACAAGGAAAUCUGCGGAAAGGAGAAUGCAGUUUGCGAUGCUCAGAACGAAGAUCUCAUCAUGGAUGAUGACAUAGAGGCGUUGUUUAACAGCCCAGUUCGUCCUUCCACGCCGCCGCCCAAAUCCAAGGCCGAUGCUGACUCGGCUCUCUUCAAAACCCCGACACGCCCAACACCCAGUCAUCGACCUAUCACACGCAGUGUCUCACGGUCUCUUCGAUCAGUAAGAGAUUUAUUGUCUCCCAGCCAACAGGCGCUUCUACAAAGAACGCCGACCAGAAGUCCUGCGAGCGUUAGGCGCAGCCCACGACUAAAUCUAGAGAGCAAGCUGGAAAGCGUUCUCGAUACCCCCCUGAGCCGAACUAUAACGCAGUUGCUCUCUGAGCCAAACUUUGACUUAGCGAGUAGCAAUUUGGAUUUUUCCACGCUACCAUUGCUAGAUACAGAUCCUGUCAGUCUAGGUGACUUUGGCAGUUUUCUCAGCACCGACGGCAUUGCGCCCAGUUCUUCCCCCAAAGAUGUUCAUGUGAACUUCGCCUACGGCGGUUCAGAUAAUGUCUGGGCUGAAUGGGGCGGUAUUGAACACAAAAGUACUGUCCAGGAGAAGGAGAAGUAAAGAAUGGUUAUAGACGUUUUUUUUGCUUCGAAUGCUUGUUUUUCGAGUUCUUUUUUACAGCACUGUUGAUCAACAGGUCCAUGAAGAGCAUGACGGUACGAAUAGUUGAUUUUUCUGGGACAGGCUUAUGCCAAGUAGACGGCGUUUGGACAACUACACGAAAGUAACGGCGCUUACUUAUUCACAAGCGGAUACGAUACCUUGAUAGUGGCUGAGAAAUGCCUGUUUUAGAAGCAAAUUGCAGCAUAAGAAAGCAAUGACUGAUUAAUUAAGUAUAAUUUUGAUAAAUCCCGGUAUAUCUGCAUAGACUGUCUAUAUCCUAUUCUUAGUUAGUCGUUCUAAUCAUGAUAAGGC